AUGAUUUUCUUCAGAAAUAUAGCAGUAUUCGCAAACGUUGUGUUUUGCUUGGCAGCACCAACACCUUUGAAACCCAGUGGUUCAAUUGUCGACUUAACCCAGAAUGCAAUUUAUUCCGACGUCGACAGCUCAACUUUUGCAUAUUUGACAGGUUAUGAUAUGGAUAAUAAUUAUGAGACAUUAGCUCUAGAAGCAUUUGGAAUAAAUAUUAAUAAUAAAGAAGGUAGUACGCUUUACAUUAUUAACAACGAAGAUGAUAUGAAAGACCCUAGGAAAGGUGAUCUAAUGUAUGACACGAAAAAUGUUUUCCUUUUUAAAUCGAGUAGAGUAUCUCUCUAUUAUAAUGAGACAGAUGCAAGUUGGUAUUCGUUCAAAUUAAAGGACAAACUAACCAGUCCUGUAAAACCUCAAACUUUCUCAGAUCUUAUACCUGUCACAGCAUGCUUAAGUAGCAAAGAUGGAGAUGGGGGUUCUGUGAGUAUAACUUAUGAGGUUGAUAUACAAGCCAGCGAUUAUCUAGCGGGCUCGGGAACAUUUGCGCCUUCAAUGAGCCCCUUAUCAUUAAGCGGGACUCUUGGGGUGACUGUUGGCCCGACCUUUUCCUAUAUUGGAUCUUACACAUGCAACAUUGACGCAGGCGAAUAUGGUCAACUAUUUAUCGAACCCUUCUAUGUUGAGGUUCCCGAAUCUUCAAGAAUCCAAGUUGCUUAUGAGAAACAUAAAGGAGUUGUACUCAAGGGCAAAAAAUAUGAAGAAUUUAAUAAAUUCAAAGUUUUGGUUAAAAAUAAACCUAACCAUUACUGCGUAUCUGGAAAGACAAAAGAUGAUUUGCAAUGUUCUGGAGACAUAGCGAUUUAG